UUAUGACGUAAUUUUUGGGCUGCCGGGAAUUUUAUUAGAAGCCAUUUGUUAGUUUUUAACAGUUCGUUUCACGACAAACAUUUGCAGGUAGUACAUUUAGUAUCAUUAUGAAUAUCCUACCAAAGAAAAGUUGGCAUGUUCGCAAUAAAGAUAAUAUCGCGCGUGUUCGAAAAGAUGAAGCACUUGCUGCGGAACAAGAGCGGGAACGAAAGAGGCGACUGGAACUCGCAGAACAGGAGGCACGCACUGAGUACUUGAGAAAGAAAGCCCAUCUGACAGUGUCUGAAUCAGGAAGUGGGUCUUCUGCUGUGGCCAUUCGUGACUCUGAAUCCCAUCACUUAAAUUUUUUCACAGAUCUGGAAGAUGGAAAAGGAACAAAGGCUGGCAACAGAGAGUAUGAAGAUGAAAAAAGGCAGGAGAAGGAGCGUCGAGAAAAGGCUUUGGGAAUCCUCACGUAUCUAGGCCAGAGUGCUGCCGAAGCACAAACAAGCCGACCCUGGUAUGAGGAGGUGCCAGACCGUAGUAAGAAAACAAAAGAAGAGAAUAGCAGAAAAGAAACAAAAGACACAAAGCUGAAAUGUGUCCUCGAUCCACUUGUUGACAUGGAGAAGUAUCUUCAGAAGAAGAGAGGAGAGAAAUCAAAGCACAGGCAUCAUAAAAAGGACAAAGAAAAAAUUGAGAAAAAGGAGGACUGUGGGUCUAAAGUCUCCAUAGAUAUGUUGAGGGCAGAAAGAUUAAAACGAGAAGCUGCUGAGCGUGCCAGAGCUGAGGCUUUAUUGGCAAGAGCACGAGGGGAAGAGACCUCAGAUGCUGCAACUGAACUGGAUGACAGGAAGCGGAGGUACAAUUCACAGUUCAACCCUGAACUAGCUCGAAAACCACGCCCUCAAGACCAAGCAACAUGGCGAUAGGGAGAUUUUUUUUUUUUUUCAUCUCCAGUGAAAGAAUACAGAUGGGCUGCAGUUGUGAUCAUUAUUACAGAAACUGAUGUACAUUUAGUCACAUGGCUCAAGAGUCUGGUAUCACAUUGAAAGUAAAGUGUUUCAUUGAAGAAAUGCCACUGGUUUGAAGGUUUCUGCACCACUGUAAGCAGUUCUGAGUUGUAAGACAUGGGUUAAUUUUCUGGACUUUACCUGUGUCCUUGUGUUUGACUCAAGUCUUUUUGGAUGAGCCUACAGUAGAAGAACAGGAGUGCUGGUAUAUAUUUAAUUCUAGAUCCUCGUUAGUUUUUUUAGGAUUAUAGUAAUUUUUGAAUAGGAGAUGGAGCAUCUGCUGUGCAUUAUGUCUGUUCUGGAUUUCAUUUACACAGCUGCACUUAAUUUCUUGUUUUCCCUGUGUUAUGAAGUCACAUGACAAAUGUGGAUGAGUACAGAGAAGCCACAUACAGUGGAAAUACUACAUGGCAGAAAAAAAAUAAGUGGGAGAUGCGACUUCGACUAUACAUAUUAAUUGGGUCCUAUAGCACAAGUUCCUGAUGGAAAGAACACAUUCAAAAAUAUUUUAAUUCAUAAGAGAAAAAAGUUUGAAAAAAAAAAGGUUGUAUUGGGAUUUGGAGUCCCUUGUGCUGUAGGUGUAUUCUUCCUCCUUCAUACAAGUUUAAUUGCUGUGGGCCUCAAUUCUAGGACAAUUGUUAAGCCAGAUUAUGUGAAUAAAUGCCACCGUAUAGUGUAUUGUAUAAACUAUUUAGCAAAAUAUAGUGUAAUUAUUCAGGUUUUACAUGAAUGGUUGAUUCAGAUGCGAACUAGAAGCUUUUGUGAAGAAACUGCCUUUACCAGAAUUCCUCCCUAAAAAAUCUGUUCAAAAUUUAAGACAUUUUUCCAGCUCUUGGGGGGGGGGUGCACUCAGAUUAAAUGAAUGCAUUAUAUUUCUCAAGUGAAGAACAGCAAGUUAUGGUGAAUGGAAUAUAAUCUUAAUUUCAAUAAGGUAUUUCAGAAGCAAGCCACAAAGGCAGUCAGCAUAAUUUAGACAGGUGCUUCCAAACAUGAUAAAUUGAAUGUGUUAUUGGUAAGGUAUUUUAAGUAACAGGAUGCUUCAUGAAUAACUUAACUGUCCAGACAAAAGUGCUUUCAUUUAACAAUUAUUGCUGUGGAAUGCCAGUCUAAAAAUGAAUACAGUCUGUUCCUUCCAGCUUAACUUGUACAGCAGAAAAUGCCAGGUUUUCCUUGUGUGCUCUGUCCUCUAAUUCUGUUAUUUUUUUAAGCAUCUUUUUUGAGCAGUCUCAUAUUCAUCCAGCCGUUUCUUCAUUUCAGCCACUGAUUUUUGCAGUUUGAUCACAUCAUGUAAAUCUGUUUAAAGCUUCUUCCAAUAUUUUCCAGCAUUUUGUUAUUUGAAUUGAUAUACUCCUUCAUUGUUUCGGUUAUUUUAAUUCGCUCCGAGUAAAUUUGACUUUUUUCCAUCUAGGUUACUGGAGGUCAUGUCUUGCACCAAAUCUGAGGCUUGCACUGUUUUUGUUGAACAAGCUGCAGAAUUCUUCCCAGUCAUUGUUUUCUCCUCACGUUUUGUGAUUGAUUUUCUUUCAGGUUCUCUGAA